AUGUCUUUUUUCAAUAAAAAGUACGCUGACCCAUUAUACGAUGACGACGAUGAGCUCAGCUAUCCUAUCCCUCGCAGAUUCAAAAGAACUUACACUGGUUUGACCCCCAAGGAGCUCAAAACAAUUGACUCCACAGUCCCAGUAGAAUUCCGUAACACAUGGAAAAAAUAUGCAGUUGGUGAGUUUAAAGGCAAGGAAGACUUUCAAGCUGAGUUUGUGCGUCAUGUUGAAACCACAUUGGCUCGCUCUCUGUUCAAUUGCGACGAACUAGCUGCUUAUCAGGCUGCUUCGCAGGCCAUUCGUGACCGCCUUGUUGUUGCUUGGAACAAGACUCAGCAAAAACACACCACGGAUGACCCCAAGCGUGUUUACUAUUUAUCACUCGAGUUUCUCAUGGGCCGUGCUCUUGAUAAUGCGCUCUUAAACCUUGAAGUCAAGGAAAUUGCUGGCGAUGGUGUCAAGGAUUUCGGGUUUCGCUUGGAAGACCUUAUCGAACAGGAGAAAGACGCAGCACUUGGCAAUGGCGGUCUAGGGCGUUUGGCUGCAUGCUUUAUUGACUCGCUAACAACGCUCAAUUACCCGGGCUGGGGCUACGGUCUACGCUACAACUAUGGUAUCUUUAAGCAAAAGAUUGUGGAUGGGUAUCAAGUUGAAAUGCCCGACUACUGGUUGACGUUCAACAACCCGUGGGAAAUCCCCCGCACGGAGAUUGCAAUUGACGUUAUGUUUUAUGGGUAUGUGCGUAAAACAAGAACGGAUGAUGGCAAGGAAAAGAAGAUUUGGGAAGGCGGCCAAGUCGUUCAGGCCGUUGCUUACGACUUGCCGGUGCCUGGGUAUGCGACCGAAAAUGUCAACAAUCUUCGGUUGUGGUCGUCGGAACCAAGCCGUGAGUUUGACUUUGCCAAAUUUAACGAAGGCUCGUAUAACGAGGCCUUGCAUGAGCAGCAAGAGGCUGAGACCAUUUCAGCCGUGUUGUACCCCAAUGACAAUUUCCCCUCAGGCAAGGAGCUGCGUCUCAAGCAGCAGUACUUUUGGGUGGCGGCUUCACUAUCUGACAUUGUGCGACGCUUCAAAAAGACCCAGAGACCUUGGGUUGAGUUCCCUAACCAGGUGGCCAUCCAACUUAACGACACUCACCCUACGUUGGCUGUGCCUGAACUCCAGCGUAUUUUGGUUGAUCUGGAGGGUCUCAAGUGGGAAGAAGCUUGGGAUAUUGUUACUAGUACUUUUAGUUACACUAACCAUACAGUGCUUUCGGAGGCUUUGGAGAAGUGGUCUGUGGGGUUGUUUGGGAAUUUACUUCCUCGCCAUUUGGACAUUAUCUAUGACAUUAACUAUCGCUUUUUGCAGUUUGUUGGAGCCAAGUUCCCCGGAGAUGUUGAUCUUCGUCGUGAUGUUUCCAUUUUCGAGGAGAAGGGCGACCAAAAGGUGCGCAUGGCUUAUCUUGCCAUCAUUGGGUCCCACAAGGUUAACGGUGUUGCACAAUUGCAUUCGGAUUUGAUUAAGCAAACGAUCUUUAGCCAGUUUGUCAAGGUUUACGGGUCAGAUAAGUUUAUCAAUGUGACUAACGGUGUAACUCCCCGCCGCUGGUUGCACCAGGCCAACCCAGCCCUAUCUGCACUUAUUGCUGAGAAGCUGGGUGGGUACGGGUAUCUUAACAAGCUUGACCAGCUCAAAGGUCUUCUCAAGUACAAGGACGAUCCUGUGUUCCAGAAGCAGUGGAUGGACAUUAAGUUGGCUAACAAGGCGCGGUUGGCUGCAUUGGUUAAGGAACAGAGUGGAAUUGAGCUUGACUUGAAUGCACUUUUCGACAUUCAGGUGAAGCGAAUCCACGAGUACAAGCGCCAGCAAAUGAAUAUCUUUUCAGUAAUUUGGCGUUAUUUGAAACUCAAGUCUUUGUCACCUAAGGAGCUGGCCAAGGAACAACCAAGGGUGAGCAUUUUUGGUGGAAAAGCUGCACCUGGAUAUUACUUGGCCAAGACAGUUAUUAAGCUGAUCAACUCUGUAAGCCAGGUUGUCAACAAUGAUACUUCAAUUGACGGGAAGCUUAAGGUUGUAUUUAUUGAAGACUAUAAUGUGUCCAAGGCAGAAAUUAUUAUUCCUGCAUCUGAUAUUUCCGAGCACAUUUCGACAGCUGGUACUGAAGCCUCUGGUACGUCCAACAUGAAGUUUGUGCUGAAUGGUGGUCUUAUUAUUGGAACUGUUGACGGUGCCAACAUUGAAAUCACAGAUCAGGUUGGCGAGGACAACAUCUUUUUGUUUGGACACUUGGCCAAAGACAUUGAAGGGCUGCGAUACAUUCACAGGUCAGGAGGAUCAGUAUUGGAUCCUCAGUUGGCUAAGGUGUUUGAGGCCAUUGAUUCUGGAGUGUUUGGAGACCCCACGAUUUAUGGGGAUUUGAGUACUGCUAUUGUUGGGUAUGGUGGUGAUCAUUAUUUGGUGUCGGACGACUUUGCAUCCUACUUGGAGGCCCAUGAUAAGAUUGAUGAGACAUUUGCGAACAAGAGUGCAUGGGCUGUUAAGAGUAUUACAGCAGUUGCCAAUAUGGGAUUUUUCUCUUCGGAUCGGGCCAUUCAAGAUUAUGCCAGAGAUAUUUGGAACAUUGUACCUGAUCCUUUGGAUGAAGAGGAUGUGUAA